UGCCUCCUCUAUCUGCUACAUGACAACGCAUUUGUGAGAAAUGAUGGCAGUGAUGAAGUCCAUCAUUGUAUUUACGUUGGUAGGUGUUUGUUUAUCUGCCAACCAACGUGGCUCACGCCCAUUUUCAUUCCCGGGGAAGCCGGUUCAAGGAGUCUCUUCAUAUAAGAGAAGUUUAGAAUUCAGCAAUACUGGAUCAGUCAAUACCAACCCUCACAAAAAUAAUCUAAAAAUACACUCUCAACCAGAAACAUUUUCCCUGGCGAACCCUCAUGCUAGGAACAAUAUUCCCGGAGCUAACAUUCCACAGCAUCCACAGGAAGCACAGGCCAAGCAUGUUAAAGAUUCAGACAGUACUGUACAUUCCGCUGAGCAGACAUCCUUAAAGCGAGAAAUUUACAAUCACUUUGCACAAACCGCUACAGAUCCGGAAGUGCCUGCUAUUGUAGAAAAUGCAGGAGAAGAAAAUGUAAAUUCUUCCAUUGUCAAUGAUUCCUCUCUAAGCAACAAUAACGAAGUAGAGUCCUCUAAUUCUUCUAAAUCAUCCUCUGAAUCUUCCUCUGAAUCUUCCUCUAAAUCUUCCUCUAAAUCAUCCUCUAAAUCAUCCUCUGAAUCUUCCUCUGAAUUGUCCUCUGGAUCUUCCUCUAAAUCUUCUAGUGAUUCUAAUUCCAAACAUGUACCUCAACACCAAAAAUCUAAAUCCAGUAGUGAAAGUAAUGAGUUAUUUGCAGAGAGCAAAAACCUUUUACAAUUUGUGAAACCCAAUCCAAGCUUUCAACCCUCAAGAAAAAACAAUGUUUAUAAACAGUUUCGCAGUAUCAGAAACAAUAAUUCAGUAAUAAAUGGAGCGAGAGGUAAAAAGCAAUACAGGCGUCUGAAUUCUCGCGGAUAA